AUGGCGCUAGAAAUGAAGAAGAUUUUCCUGGAGGAAGGUAUCUUUACUAUAAGAGUCACAAUGCUUGGACCAAAUCUUUGCGUGCUGGAAGAUCUUGUCUUCGGGGAGGUCGAAAUUUUUAUCGAAGAAAGAAGGAAAUGGUGGGAACAGUGGUUCAAAGAUAUUAGACCGUGGAAAACAACAGACACCGAUAAGGAUAGAUUUUCGUGGAUUCGAGUUGCUGGAAUCCCAUGCCACGCUUGGAGACUGAAGCUGUUCAGGACCUUGGCAGAAAGGUAUGGCGGUUUUGUUAAAUGUGAUGAUAAGUCUAUUUCGAGAGUGUCCAUGGAUGAAGCGAGAAUUUUGAUCCAGACCAGUCAUCAGUCACUGAUCAACGAAGUUGUAAAGAUGGUGGUGGGAGGAGAUUCUUUCUCAUUGCUUAUUAUGGAGGACAGCCACACACAAAUCGAGUUAGCCAAGACGAGAACGGAGAGGGAAGAUGAAGAAGACUCUGUUUCUUCCUCUUUCCAGGAUGGUAGGAGUUCCGACGAGGCUAUGGGUGAAGAUGAAGGCGUGGGUCCCAAUAGAAAGGUGUCAGGAGAAGUAGUCGCUCUCAACGAUGUUUUAGGGGAGGCAGAAAGUAAGAGGGAGGCGGCUGCUGUAGAUUCAGAAGAGCAGGAAAAGCACUUUGUUUCAUCUAAGGAGAAAACAUUGGAGUCCUACACCAACCAGGGUGUUCCUGUGGCCCCUGAUAUUCCUUCUUUCUCUCGUGCAUUAAAUGAGGCUCCCAUGCAUGCAUUAAAUGCUAAGACAGCUGGCAGUGGGGACAUUUGUAAAAGAAGGAACGGGAAAGAGGAGUGUGGUGAGGUGUCAAGAAGUAGUGGCGUGGGUGGGACCGAGGCUAGUGGAGAUUUUUCUGGAUCUAAUAGCACUUUUAGUGGGCUGGAGAAUGUUAUUGGCCUAUCUUCAAGACCCCUUUCCUUUGACUCUGAAUGCAGAAAUAUGAUUCUAUCUAAGCCCAAUUUGAAAACAGCCAAAAUCAAAGGAAGGAAAUACAGGAACGUUACUGAUUUGGGUGAAAAGGUAGAUAUGGUACCUUCCUAUUUUGACUGUAUCGCUCCAAGGAGAGCUGAUAGUUCUAAAGAUCUUUUCAAUGGUGGCAACAAGCUGGAAAGCGCAGAUGAAGAGGGAAUGAAAGGUACGUCUGCUUUGUGCCCUUCUCCUUCCGACUCUGAGGUUAUUCGAUGCAAUGAUAGGGCGGGGAGAAAUUCUUUGUCUAAUGUUGGGGGGAAUCUCUGGAAAUCUAUUAAGAGGUUGGGUGUGUCUAGUGGUGUGGAUGAUGUUACGAAUGAAGAAGCUUUGAAGGUUAUGGAAAAGAGAGACAGAUUGGGGUUGAAGGGGAAGAAGGAGUCAACAAAAUCGUUUAUAUGA